CCAAGUCAUCAUACUCCACCCAAUGAGGAGCCAUCAGAGCUAACAAUUAGAAAUCCAGACCUCUCAUCCUAAUCCAAGUUUACAACUCAUAUAAACAACACGUUUUAUAAGACUUAUACAAUGUCCUCUCCCUUCCGUCUUAUGCGACCUGUCGCCCAGGCUGCUCGAUCUGGCGCUGUGACUUUCGCUGCCCGGCCAUUCCAUAGCACGGCUGCUCGAUUCGCUGUGCAGGAUAUCAAGACAACGAAAGAGUUUAAGGACCUUGUUUCUACAACAGACAAGGCUGUUCUUAUCGACUGCUUCGCUACAUGGUGCGGUCCUUGCAAGGCCAUCUCUCCCAUCCUCAACAAGCUCUCGGAAGAGAAGGCUCUUUCAGACAACAUCCAAUUCGUCAAGUUUGACGUCGAUGAGCUCCCCGACCUGACCGCCGAGCUCGGCGUUCGCGCUAUGCCAACUUUCUUCGUCUUCAAGAAUGGAAGCAAGGUUGAUGAGUUGGUCGGUGCUAACCCUCAGGCUCUCCAGUCGAUGCUGGCCAAGCAUGCUGCAUAAACUGUAUAAAUCUUGUAACACCUCGAAUCACUUGGUAAAACUAUCAAGGAGAGUCAUGGCAAUAGACUCAAUCUGUUUACAUUGCUGAAGAAAAUAAAAACAGCUGUGUAUUAUUAGCAUAGUUAAACUUGUACAAUGGGUUAUUGGUGUCUGUCUAUGGUAUCUUAUCCAUGCAUCAUUCUGGAGAAUCGUCUGAGCUCGUGAGUCUAUACUGAUCGGCAGUUACAUCACACUUCUAUGAUUUCGGCUAGAAAUGGUUCAAAUGCCAUAGGCUAGUUAGUCAAGUUCUCUCGCGGCCUUCUAUUUCCAGUAUGGACCAUGGCGGAGGUGGAAGGCCGUCGUAUGCAUAUGACCAUUCGGCGAGUGUCAUUUACG